AAGCGCAGUGGAGACUUCACCGAGAUAGAGGGAGCGGAGGAAAACAGUUAUAAGAGCAAAAAGAAGGAAACAUGGACGCGCGGGGAGUUUCAUCUCUCAAAUGGUCGUGUGGGAUGUGCUGUGGCUUUUGACGCACACGAGCCGCUCCGCUUUGCUGAUGAGAUUUAUAUCAGGGAAUGGGAAUCUUCAGGAAUCCUUCUGAAAACUGCUCUCCGCUUCUUCCAGACUGUAAAAAGCUGGACGUUAAAGUCAAGAUGGUGCUGAUGUAACAGACUAUUUGGUAUAGCCUACGCCAAGUCGCCGUGCGUCUGCGUAAAGUUUUCCAUAUUUUCCUGGAGAAGGGGGAGGUUUUGCUGCAUUGAAUUCCUCUGGUCGGGAUGUCAUCCGCAGUCAAGAGGACUUCCUCUGGCUGACUGCUCCUCCAGCCUAGCGGUCCCGGGCCUGACACGCGGAGGGAAAGAUGGGAGAUGCAGCAGACGACAGAGGGAUGAAACGCACAUUCAUUGUACCCACAAUUAAGAGCUUUGACCACUAUGACUUCACCAGGGCCAAGAUCUCCUGUAGCUUGACGUGGCUCGUGGCCAAAGCCUUUGGCUCUGAUGCUGUGCCAGAGGAGCUGGUUGAGCCCUUCUAUCGGGACCAGUACAACCAGGAGCACCUGAAGCCCCCCGUGGCCUGUCUUCUGCAGUCUGCAGAGCUGUACUGCAGAGCGGGCAGCCUGAUCCUCCGCAGCGACGCUGUCAAACCACUGCUGGGACACAACGCCAUCAUCCAGGCUCUGGCUCAGAAAGGCCUAUAUGUCACCGACCAGGAUAGACUGGUCACCGAGAGGGACCUAACCAGUACGCCCAUACACAUGAGUUCCCACUUGGCUCUCAUAGACACUCUGAUGAUGGCCUACACUGUGGAGAUGGUGAGCGUGGAGCGCGUUAUGUCCUGCAUCAACAGAUUUUCUGCUGCCGAGCCGUUUCUCUGCGACGGACACGUGCAGGAGCUGCCGUACGACACAGAGGACGCCAUCAUCACAUGGAUCAACAAGGUAAAUGAACACCUGAGAGAUAUCCUUGUGGAGGAGCACAAGCUGAAAGAGGCUGCAUUUCAGGAUAACACCCAAAAAGCUCGCUACAGGAGAGAGCUUUCACAGCAGAGAAAUGUCCCAGUACUCCCCCUGGUGGACAACCUGCUGAAGGACAACACAGACGGCUGCACUCUGACGGCUCUGCUGCACUUCUACUGUCCACAGGCAGUCAGACUGGAAGAUAUCUGCCUCAAAGAGACCAUGUCUUUGGCCGACAGUCUGUACAACCUACAGCUGGUCCAGGACUUCUGCACUAAUAAUCUCAACCACUGCUGCCACUUCAGCCUGGAGGAUAUGCUCUACGCCCAUUCUUCCAUAAAGAGUAAUUACCUGGUGUUUAUGGCUGAGCUCUUCUGGUGGUUUGAAGUGGUGAAACCCUCAUUUGUACAGCCAAGAGUCUUUGACCCAAAUGCCUGUGAAGUAUCCUGUAGAAAUAUGGCUCCUGUGACCAGUCCAGUUAAACAGAGCUAUGCAGAAAAUGACGUCCCAGCUGAGGGUGUAAUGAAGAGAUCCUCCUUGUCUUUUGAAGAUGGCAGUGUUGGGACUUGGCCCAAAGAAAAACGGACCACCUCCCGGGGAAUCUCCUUUGAGAUCCCCCUUGAUGGAGGUCCCCCUGUUCCCCUCUGUGAGCCCCCCUCCCUCCACAUGACUCGCUCAGUCAGCAGGGAUGUCCUUGCAUUCAAAGUUCACUAUGCAUCCCAAGGAAACAUGAAGAGCCACCCCUCCCUGGUGCCUAUAACUGUAAAUGGGCAGAGUGGACAUAUAGAAGAGGAGGAAGACUUCUCCCCUCAUAAACCAGUUGGGCGAAACAACACAUUCUCCAUUAAAAACCAAAGCAGGUACUCAAAUGGAGUUCUACCUGAAAGUACCUCUGCCAAUCACUAUAGCAACCACAGUGGUCAUAUUAGUCCGACCACCCCUCCAAGCAUCGAGGAGGCUCUAAAGAUAAUCCAUGACUCAGAAAGGCCUCAUGCCAGUUUAGGGAUUGGCGAUGGGUUCUAUCUCCACGUGACAGAGCCCUCAGAACCACCAGGAGCACAGGGUGAGGCACCAGGCUCAGCCAAAGCCCUUCUCCAAGAGCAUGACUCUGUCUCUGAGGAAGUGGAUACUGGUAUCCAUGUGAGGACUGAGGACAUCCAGAGUCUGGAUGAGGACUCCUCUCUCAGAGACUAUUCAGACAUCGACCAGGACUGUGACGCCAUGACUAGGUCCUGCCUACUGCCCGAGCGGGACAGGGGCUCCCGGGACGCUGGGCGGAGAGGAGUUUUUGACUCCGAUGUUGACAGUGAGAGAGGCCAUGGAGCUGACAGGAGCAGCCCCGGUCCUGCACACAGCCUGCCCAGGUCCCACACAAUAUGCUCCACAUCCUCCUCUGGCUCAGCUGGAGCCAUGACCCGCAUGACCAGCUUUGCAGAGCAAAAGUUCCGAAAGUUAGAGGGAAGAAGUAGUGGAGGAACCACACCCGAGAGUUCAGACGUUAAUGUUCCAUGUGGACGUCCAGCAAAAACUCAGACUCAGAUAUCUACUCCUCCCCUGCCAAUCACAUCUCCAUCUCCUGUAACACCAACUCUCAGAGACCCCUCUCACCUGAUUGCUUCAGAAAUGAUACAACUCAGGAUGAAGUUGGAAGAGAAGCGCAGAGCCAUUGAAGCCCAGAAAAAGAAGGUGGAGGCUGCUUUUACUCACCAUCGGCAGAGAAUGGGCAGAACAGCGUUUCUGAAUGUUGUGAGACGGAAAGGGGUCAAUCCCAGUCCCAGUGAAACAGAAAACCCCUCACCCCAAUCAUUAUCCUCUCCAAAAUUAGCAGACCCGAGCUACAUUGAACGAGCAGAGAGGUGCAAACCUGAUGGGGCAGCUCCAAAAUCUCCCUGUGAAGAUAGAGAAGGUGUUGCUCCUGGGGAGGUUGACUUGUCUGAGUACACCCGCUCCAUUGAGAGGUUGAACUCUUCACUCGGCUUUCUGCAAACAGAGAUGCAGCGUCUGGCUCAGCAGCAGGAAAAGAUCAUGACCAUGAGAGAACAACAACAGCAGGCCUGGGUCAUACCCCCUCCAGCUCCAUCACCACACAGACAGCUCCGUGAGCUGCGCAGCAGCAGUGUCACAGGCCGAGGUUCAGGCCGUGGUUCAGUGGGCUCUUUGUCUCCAAACUUGUCCUCCUCUGGUUCUCCCCAAGCUCCCACUCGCUCCUCCUCUGGACUCAAGCGCAGACCAGCCUCCUUCCACGCCAGGACACCUCGAACUCCUCGCCCCAAUGACUUAAAGGUCACACCUUUCAGUCGAAUGCUGAACACGCCCACUUCAGUGGACAGCCUGCCCAGGCUCAGGCGAUUUAGCCCACAGCAGUCACAGCUCAGCUCCUUUGCCUACUUGGGGCAUGAUGAAAAAAACAGAUGAAAAACUGCCAAAGAGGAGUGUGCAGAAAAGAGUGCAGGCGCUCGAGAAGCAGCUCCACAACUUCAGACACAGGACCACAACAAACAGGCAGCACAGAGUUUGUCUAAAAAGAAGGUCACACAAACAAAACCAGCAGAGGUGCUGCAGCAGCCCCUGUCAAAGGUCCAAGAAGGGGCAAAGUUUGAAUGUCGGCCGGACCGAAGUGACCUGGUGGAAGUCGCUUUGUCUGAACUCAAACUUGGGGAUGAAGAGGGAGACACAGGGGAAGAGAUUUGUGUGGCUGAGCAAAAAAUGUGUUGUGGAUUCUUCUUCAAGGAUGAUGUGAAAGGAGAAGAGGAUAUGGCGGCAAAGAAAGCAGCUCUACUGGAGAAGAGGUUGAGGAGAGAGAAAGAGGCUCAGGAGAGGAAACAGCAACAAGAGCUGGAUCAGGAGCAGAGGAAAGAAGCUGCACGGUUAAAAGCAGAGGAGGAGCAGCAAAAGAAAGAAGAAGACAAGGCACGACGUGAAUACAUCAAAUGUGAGUUUUUAAGACGGAAUCAGUUGAAGCUCAUGAACGACAUGGAUGAAGUGGUCAAACCUCGAUCUGGAAGUCUGAAAAAGAAAGCCAGGCCCAAGUCCAUUCACAGAGACGUCCUGGAGUCCUCUACACCAGCCAGAGCCACAGGAGUGCGUCCACGAGGAUACUCUGUGUCCAGUGUAUCUCUGGCUUCUCUCAACUUGGCAGACAACGACAAUCAGCUUGAUAACAAGAAAAACAACAGGGGCAAUAAAAUUGCUACUGCUCAUGUCCCCUUCUAUCUGAGUUUUUCCAAAGAAAAAAAGGGAAGACAAAAGCGUCAGCAGCAAAAGGAAUGCAUGGGACUGGUGCUGAAAGGACAGCUCCCUAGGCUGACUGAAUCCAUGAAGCAAAGCCUAGAGGAGGCAGGGGGAAGGGGCUACAGCCUAGCUUCUGUACAACAUUGUGAAACGGACUUGGAUCUUGCUUCAACCUUGAGUGGCAAGCCUUUGUUUGUUUACAGCGCUUUUUGGAAAGAAAAUUAG